CAGAAGAAUGCAUCCUGUGUUGCUAUUGGUGGUUGCAGUGUCGGUGGGCGGGGCCAGAGCGGCGCUCAGUCGCUGUUGGGAGCGCCAGAGAUGCCAGGAGCUCGUCUCUGAGAGCAGCAUGAUGGAGUGUUUCCAGCUCUGUGGACUUGACCCUCAUGAGAUGACCACCAUCCUUAGCRGUGAUCACCUUCAGCAUCCUCCGUCAUCUGUCUUUCUUUCUCCUUCACCCUCUUCCUCCUCCUCUCAAGCCAAACACUCCUACUCCAUGGAGCAUUUCCGCUGGGGGAAGCCUCUUGGGAGAAAGCGUCAUCCAGCGAAAAUCCCCGCAGGCAAAAAGGUGGAUGGGGACUCAGCUGAGAUUUUCCCUGGAGAGCUGAGGUGGUGGGAGCUUUCCAGGGAAAAAAUGACAGCUGAGGAUGAGGAGACACAAGACGAAGCAGAGGAGGCCUCCAAUGAGCAUCAUGAUAAAAAAGACAUCCCGUACAAGAUGAAGCACUUCCGCUGGAGCGGCCCUGUGGUGGGCAAACGCUACGGGGGCUUCAUGAAGAGCUGGCAGGAGCACAGCAAGAGGCCGCUCAUCACACUCUUCAGAAACGUCAUCAACAAAGAAGGAGAGGAGGAGAARAGAGCAAAGUGAGGAAGAAGGGAGGAAAUGGAAAUGAACAGGAGGGGGAAAUGAUCAAAAUACAGAAUAUUAUUACAUUUAUCUUACAACUAAAUAUGUAAUACUAACUUUACAGUCUUUUGUAAAGAAAGAAAAAUCUUAUUUAACCACAUUCAUAGUUUGUCAGAAAAUACAGA